AUGGCAAACCAAGAACAGAAAACCGCUGAAGGACAAGAAGUUUUCACUUCAUACAAUGAGGUCCAUGACAGUUUCGAUACCAUGGGGCUGCGAGAAGAUCUCCUGAGAGGCAUUUACGCUUACGGUUUCGAGAAGCCUUCCGCAAUUCAGCAGAGGGGAAUUGUUCCCUUCGCCAAGGGAUACGACGCCCUCGUCCUCGCCCCGACCCGAGAGCUCGCGCAGCAGAUCCGGACCGUCAUGCUAGCCCUAGGUGACCACCUGAAAGCCAAAGUCCACGCCUGCGUUGGCGGCACGAGCGUCCGUGAAGACCGGCUGGUCCUCUCGGCCGGUGUUCAUGUCGUGGUUGGUACCCCUGGUAGGGUUUUCGACAUGUUAAGGCGAGAUUCGCUCCGCCCCGACCACAUCAGGAUGUUUGUUCUUGACGAAGCUGAUGAGAUGCUUUCAAGAGGGUUCAAGGAUCAGAUUUACGACAUCUUCCAGCUUUUGCCGCAAGAAAUCCAGGUUGGUUUGUUCUCAGCAACAAUGCCUUCCGAGGCUCUUGAACUCACACAAAAGUUCAUGAGAAACCCCGUCAGGAUCCUCGUCCAGCGCGACGAGCUUACCCUGGAGGGAAUCAGGCAAUUCUACAUCGAUAUUGGGAGAGAAGACGAUAAGUUUGAAGCGCUUUGCGAUCUUUAUACGACUGUAGCCAUCACCCAGAGUGUUAUCUUUGUUAACACCCGACGCAAAGUCGAUUGGUUGACGGAAAAGAUGCGCAACCAAGACCACACGGUGUCGGCAAUCCAUGGAGACAUGGAUAAGAACACGAGGGACGAGAUCAUGCGAGAUUUUCGCAGCGGUUCCUCCCGGGUUCUGAUCACCACGGACCUUCUCGCUCGCGGCAUCGACGUCCAACAAGUCUCGUUGGUUCUUAACUAUGACCUUCCGACUCAGGCUGAGACCUACCUUCAUCGGAUCGGCCGGAGCGGACGGUUUGGGAGAAAGGGUGUCGCAAUCAACUUUGUGACUCGCGAGGAUGAGCACGUGCAGGCUGAGAUUCAGAGGUAUUACAAUGUUGUAAUUGAGGAGCUGCCAGCCGAUGUAGCUGAACUUCUUUGA